AUGAAUUGGAAAAAGUUGUUUGAAAGAUUAUUUCGACAAAUUGGAUUCAAAAAUUACAAAACAUUCAAAAUCAGUAUAGCGGACACAACAGCGUUAAAAUAUCAUUGCGCCUUACAUGAAAUUGAACUGUCAACACCUACUGGUAAAAGUACAAUUAAGAAUAUGGCUAUCAUGGACUUUAUGACAUAUCACGUUAACACUAUUGGGCUUGAAGUGAACAGUUCAGAAAGUGCAAAUUCUGAGAUGGACUCAGGUUUGAGCCCGAAAUUCUCAGUAUUUUGUAUCGAACAACUGAAAGAAACAUUUCCAUGGACUCUUGAAAGACAUUACGUUGCUCAGUACUUCAAAGAAAGUCAACGAAAUGAGGUUUUCAAUAUGGUCGAUGAAAUCAAGAAGACUGUGAAUGAUUCAUUCGAAAAGCUGACAUGGUUGAAUGACGGAAUGAAGCGCUUCGUGAUUGACAAGCUACAGUAUCCGAUUGAUGAAAACACCUACAUUAUGAAUGAAUAUUAUGCACGCAGGGCAAAAGUCCUCGACGACUAUCGAAAGGAAGUAUUCGGUCUGGGAGAGAAAUUGAAUGCACAAAGAGCAACUUAUAUACCCUCAGCCUCUUAUUGGCCCACUGAAAACCGCAUAAAUAUUAAUGGUGCUUUGCUGAAUCUACCGAUUAACCGUGAUAAUCAAACUAUUUCGGAAAAAUAUGGAGGAUUGGGUUGGCAUAUAGCUCAUGAAAUAUUACACGCUGUUGAUACAUCCUGUAUACUUAUCGAUGAGAAUGGAAAUGACAGGCCUCACAAUAUCGCCCGCAAUGAAUUUCUCGCCCUCUUGAAGCAAACAGAAUGUCUACGAAAACAGUACACAAAUUACGAUUAUACGAGUGAAAAGAGUGGAACAAUUCCAGUUCUGGAUGAAAUUCUAUCAGAUAACGGAGGUCUGAGGAUAGCAUACCAGACAUUUCAAAGACUGACGAGAAAUCUUACCAAUGAUGCAGAUGAAAACACGAACUCAUCUUCCACUUCGGAAAAAUUGUUUUUCUACAAGUUUGCUGAGACAUUUUGUGAAAAGUAUACUGCAGAAGGAAUAACUGAAGACAUGAGUAACUCUGAUCACGUGCUGGGGCAUUACAGAGUAGUCGGUGCCUUGUCGAACAGUGAAAACUUUGCAAGAGCAUACAACUGUCCAGUGGGCUCACCAAUGAAUCCAAGUGAAAAGUGUCAUGUAUGGUGAAUGACUUUGUGUUCAUAGUUCUCAGUGAACGCAUAUAUUCGUGUUUUUAUCUGAAUAGAAACUGAACUGUAAUGCUGUCCUAUUUUGAAUAAUUUUUUUGUCGAACUGUUGUUAUCAUAAUAUACUCAUCUGAGUGAA